ACAACCAAUUACUUCCGGAAAAAAUAUGUGUCCCUAAUUUGGAAAAAAAAUAAUCAAAAUCUUGUAUUUAGUCCAUAAGAGUAUAAACUGCUGUUUGCAUUAUUGCCGAGAAAAUAGUGUAGCAUUGUCUUUUUGACCAAAAUGUCGUUAAAGAAGGAGACACCUUCAGACCAGCAGCUGCAUCUUGCAGCACUACAGGGAAACCUAGAGCAACUGAAAAAAGUCCUCGAUUCUGGAAAAGUUCAUGUUGAUUGUAAGGAUAAGGAAGGAACAACCCCAUUGAUUCUUGCCGCUGCAAAUAACCAUAUAGAGUGUGUGAAAGAAUUACUGAAAAAUGGUGCUGACGGGGGUGCAAGACGAUUGACUGGGACAUGUGCGCUGUUCUUUGCUUCACAAGGAGGUUUCCUGGAUAUUGUGCGGUUAUUGUUGGACAGUAGUGUACCAGUAGAUAUACCUAGCUAUGAUGGAGGUACGCCACUGUUUGUUGCCUGUCAGUGUAAUCAUUUAGACGUCGUAAAAGAACUGCUAGACCGUGGGGCAGACAUUCAUGCACAGAUGGUGGAUGGGGCUACACCGCUGUUUAUUACUGCACAAAAUGGGCAUAAUCAUCUAUUAUCCUUCCUUGUCAAACAAGGGGCAGAAAUUGAUAUGAAAAGAAAGGAUAAUGCAACACCACUAUGGAUAGCUUCACAGAUGGGACAUUUGAAUAUAGUGAGAGAAUUACUGAACAAUGGUGCUAAAGUUGAUACUGUGAGAGAGGAUGGUGCUACCCCACUGUUCAAGGCUUGUCAUAAAGGGCAUUUAGAAGUGGCUGAAGAAUUACUCAAACAUGGAGCUUCUGUGGCAUUGUUAAAGAAUGGUGAAACCCCUCUGCAUGCAGCGGCUUUAUUUGGUCAUAUGAAGAUUAGUCGAUUACUCAUGUCCUAUGGGGCAGAUAAACAUAUGAAAAAUAAGGUUAGUAAUUCAAGUUUGUUCAUUUCUUAAAUACACAUUUUUGGA